AUGGCUCAUCAAAUUGAUACCCACAGUCAUAGUGACGCUGAAGUCGCGACAAAGCCUAGCCUCGACGCCAAAACCAGUCCCGUGUUGGACACAGAAGCCAUCGACCAUGGUCCUGACCCCAAUGCACAGUCCGGUUCUAAAUGGCGUCGCGUUGCCGGUUUCUUUUGGGACUCCAUUGACGGGGAUCCCAAAUACCGUGCAUAUGUCAGACGUCUAGAUCUGAUCUUCUUUCCAACGGUUUUGCUUGGCUACUUUAUCAAGUAUUUGGACCAGACCAAUUACAGUAACGCUUUUGUCAGCGGCAUGCAAGAAGAUCUCGAUCUCUAUGGCAAUGAACGCAACUGGCUUGGCACAUGGUUCAGUCUGGGCAUCAUGGUCGGUACUAUUCCGGCCCAGAUGCUGCAGCUAAGCCAUAUCCGCCCUUCCAUCUUGAUUCCAACUUGUGAGAUAUGCUGGUCGGCUUUGGUCAUUGGCAUGGGCUUCACCCACAGUAUCAAAGUGAUGUACGCUUUGCGUUUCUUCAUAGGACUGUUCGAAUCAUGCGCUUUUCCUGGAUACAUCGCCAUGCUUGGCAGCUGGUAUGGUCUUAAUGAGCUGACAAAGCGCCUGGCCAUUCUUCUCGAGGUUGAGUCUAUCGCCAGCAUGUUCAGCGGAUAUCUUCAAGCUGGUUUAUACAGUAGUAUGAACGGGCGGCAUGGCCUCGCUGGUUGGAGAUGGCUGUUCAUCAUGGACGGAGUAAUCUCAGUUCCCGUGGCCAUCUGGGGUCUUUUCGGACUGCCUGAUCACCCUCACAACACGAGGGCCUUUUACUGGACAAAAGAACAUAUUAAAUAUGGCCAGGAGCGGAUCACCAAGUUUGGCGUCAAAGAGCGGGUAAAACUGAACUGGGCUGAGAUCAAGCGAAUCUACUUGGGAUGGAGGAUUUGGAUGUUUGUCAUCCCAUACACAAUGGUCGCUGCCUGCCACACAGCUACAAGCUACUUCAACCUCUGGCUCAAGGCAGAGGGUUACAGUGUGCAAAAGAUCAACUACCUACCGACUGGUGGAAAUGCGCUUGCCAUCGUUGUAACUGUUGCCUGGGGCAUGAUUGCGGACCGAACCAAGCAGUAUUAUUGGCUAAUUACAUCCUUGACGCUUCUGAUGAUCGUGGCCAAUAUUCUUCUUUCGGUCUGGGAUAUUCCCAAGUCCGCUCUCAUGUUCGCUUACUACAUCUCCUACGCUGGUUCAGCAAGUACUCCUGUUCUGAUUAGCUGGGCAUAUGGGUUGAACGCUGCUGAUACCAACACGAGGCAGCUUUUAGUCGCUACGGCUAAUCUCGUGUCGUACGCUUGGGUUCUUUGGGUGCCGUUGGUUCUUUUUCCGACAUACGAUGCACCAAAGUAUAAGUAUGGUUAUCAGAUUUUGAUCCUGUUUGGCGGAAUCGCCAUUUUAAGCAUCACGGCGAUGAAGUAUCUGUAUGGCCGAAAGAAGUAA